AUGUCAUGGAAGGAUUGUAGUUAUAAAGCAAUUGCUCUUUAUCCUUAUUCAUCCACCGAGAAGUACCAUUUAACUACUACUCGUUAUGAUACACUCGAAGUGUUAAAAGAAAAUGGAGAUUGGGUAUUUGCAAGAUGUAUCUCAACCGGAUGCCUUGGCAUUUGUCCCAAGAGCUAUUUAGGAGAGUAUAAAGACGAAAUUGAUAUUCUCAACCGCAAAUUUAGCUUAGAAAUCAAGUAUUUAUUUAUUGAACUUUAUAAGAACUUUUUAAUCCCUGCCAAAGAAGAUGAUGCUUCAUUCUGCAAAAUUUUAGAUUUAGUUAGUAAGAUUCAGCGCACUUAUCCUUUGUCUAGUGAUACAGAUCGUGGUUUAUUAUACAAAUACAUCGAAGAACUGCGUGAAUUCAUUCACAUCAAGCAGCCAGAAAGAAACCAAAAUGGAACAAUGACGAUUAUCCACGAUAUUACUUCCGAAACAAAGAAAACAACAAAGAAACAAACUCAUCAAAAUUAUCAAGAGACAAUAUUAAUGAACUUUGCUAUCCAAUCAGAUCCUCAACCAACUCCAGUUCAUAUCAAGAUAUUUUUAUACAAUAUUACUGCGAAAACAUUAGUUUCUUUACAAAAAACUUCAAUUUUUACAUCAAAUCAUUUCGUUGAUACGUUCUUAUGCCCCGAUAUCGAUCCCAAGAUCAUCAACAACCUCGCCAUUGUCGUAUUUAUCUCAGAUUACGCAGAAGGAAAUAAUACAUAUUUCGCUGAGUAUAAAGCGUGCGGAGUAGAGAAAUUAUCAACAGCAGAUAAACCUUUUAAGAUCGGCCACGACCAAACCUUCGAUAUUAAAUUCUUUACCUCCAAGGAUGCUCCUAUCUCCUCAUUAUACAGGGAUAUCCUCGAAAACAAGCAGACGUAUACACCGUCCAUCGACUGCCCACCACUAAAGAUCUCAUAUUCAAGCUACCAACAGAACUGCGAAGCCACAAAUCCACAAAAACCUGCAGACAACGGUUUGAACAAAUUAGGAAGCUUCAAAUAUCCGAUAAAUGUCGGUUCGAACUACGACGUCAGCCAAUUAUACGUAAAAAUUACGCAUCUUCGUCAUAAAACGAAAAUUAAACCUACAAGGAUAAUUGUAAGGGCUGUCGACUUGUCAUCGAAGAGCGAUGCAUUUGUACCUUGUUUUCCUACAGAAAAAGACCCAUGUUGCGCUGUAACUACGAUUCAACGCGGAUUUCUCGAUUUCGACAUGGAAGAAGUCGUACAAGUCCAAAUUGAUACAAGUCUCUUCCCAAGCCUUGAUUUCGCCUUCUUGGUCUUCUUCGUUGAGAGAUCUUUCAAACCGCCGGGCGAAUCUUACAUUUCUUCGUAUUGUUUCUCACCUCUUUAUGAUAUAAAGAACGGUUGCAUGUACGAAUUCACUUCUCCAAGGGUUUUGAAGCUGAUUAAACCUCCGAAAACGAUAGAUUCGCAAACAAUUACAACGGAAAUCACUAAUUUCCACUCCUUCGAAGAAUGCUUCAAGGAACCAGGCGAUCCAGGCUUCAUUACCGUUGAAACUUCCUUGAUAUCAAAUAAAUUCUCCAAAUUCCCAGACGUUAACAAGCUUUUGACGACUGUUCCGACAAAGGAUGCCACAUUUGAUGAUAUCCAGAUCUUAGAAGUCCAGUAUUACUAUGCCUGGGGACCAAAGAUCUUAUUUGAACUGGCAAAGAUCAUUGUAAACGAUGAACGUAACUCUGAACGUGCUCUUUAUGCCUUUGUCUCUUGUUUGAAGUCGAUUGAUCAAUAUUCUACAAGAGAUCCGUUCAUGGAAAGAGUAUUAACAUCAUUCUUUGCGAUGUUCGUCGAAGAGAACUCAUUCUUGUCCAAGUUGGGUGUCAAUUUGCUCCAAUUCACAGGUAAAGCAAUUGAUUCUCAACAUCAAAAUAAUAAUUCAGAGGAAGGAGAGAAAUUAAGACGCGCUUUGGCCAAUAUUCAGAGAACAUUGGCCAGCGUAUUAAGAAUUACCGUUGUUUCCAUCAAUUUUGCGAAGAAAAUUAAACAAAAUGUGAAUGAAGCACAAAUUAGAAACGAUUUCAGAAGAGUUUUCGACAGCACAUGCAAGAAGAUCAGUGAUACAGCUGAAUCCGCCGUUGUCCAGCGCCAAUUUUUGAUCAGAGCUCUUCCUCAUAUGCUUCAAAUCAUGGAUUACUUCUUCUCCAAGAAGGAAAUCGUCGAAUUAGCCCUUAUCGCGUUCAAUUCCACCCCUAGCAACGUCAACGAUAGAGUUAAAGUCUUCGACCACUUUGCGAAUGCCGAAAUCUUCAGGAACGAAAAGAUUAGAAGGGGUCUCUUACCUGAAAUCAUCAAGGAACUGACCAAAGAAGACUACAAACAGGUCUUUUCGGAGAAAAUUUUACCUCUUGCCACAACAAUCUUCUUCGAUAUGCUUGGAAGCUCCUCGAGUUUUUCAUCUGCUGUCUCACACGUUACUCCUUUGUUCGCAAAUAUGAUCGGAAACCCAGAUUACGCAAAUCAAAUCAUAUUAUUCAUUUAUUACUCGCUUCCUAUAGGUGUUAAAUCGUUCCUUACAUGCAAUGGCAACCAGGCUCAAGCGUUUACAGAGGUUACAGAGAUGAUAUUGAAAGCUGUAGAUACAGCUCCUCCAUCAAUCUUAUUCGCUUUGGUUCCAGCCUUCGUAAAAGUGUUUUUGCUGAGCCAGGACGACCAAUUCAGCCAAACAAGGAAAGAUGUUAUCUUAUUAAUUAAGACCAUCUCAAAUUUCUACAGACAAUUUUUGCAUCGCCUUGAAGUUCUUACACCUCUUGACCGAUUAAUUUACAACCAGAUGUACGCAAUCAAUUUAACUCCGAUUUCGCAUCUACUUCCCCUUCUUAUUGACUCAGUUCCCCCUAAUUAUCACUUCGAUAGCUCUAUUUUCAUUCCUUUGUUCCACAUGUACGUUUCUUCCAAGGAUCAGCCAGUCAGACAAGGAAUUAGAAAUGCAUUUGGUCAAAUCUUCACAGCAGAAGGCCAAAAAGUACAAGCAAUCGAAACACCGAUUGUUGAUGCCCUUAUUGCCGUCAUGUCUGUUGAAGGAAUGGCCGAAAUUGUCUCAAUUUUCGACAUUAUUACUCAGAUUCUUCCUUCCGCUAAGCAAAGUGUCGAAAAACUCACCCAGUUCUCUCAGAACCUCGCGAACCUCAGCUACUAUCCACCAAACGCUUCAUAUGAAGACGAAAGAGUCACAUCAAUUAAUUUCCUUCUCGAAGGCUUCAAAAACUCCGAAAGUAGUCUUUCGAACUAUCCACACUUCGCCAUGAUGCUCUACGAUCUCCAUGUUGCUCUAAACAACCAAGUAGAAGCAGCAGAAGUUUUUAGAAACGUUUAUCAAUUUUUAGUUGACAAAUCGAAAGAUGACGAUGAAUUGAGGCCAGAAUCGACAUUCCCAGCUCAAACUACACUCGAAAGGAAGAAGAUGCUUCUUAAGAGGAGUUACGAACUGUUCAUGCAAUCGCAGUUCUUCGAGCACGCUAUCGAAUGUGCAGAAGAACUUCGCAGAAUUGGCGAGAGCAAAUACGAUUUUGCGUUAAUCGCAGAAGUCUGUGAAAUGGAAGCGAAUGCAUGGACAGAAGUAACAACAGUAGAAAGGACACAACUCAAUCGUUUCUACGGAUGUAAGUUCAUCGGUGGCAAUUUCGACGAAUGCCACAAGAACAAGUUCUUCGUUUACAGGAGAGGUGGAUAUUUCGAUAACGGACAAAUGUUAUCUUACAUCAAACAGAAAUUCCCGAAUGCGGAAUGUUCUCCACGUCCACCACAAGAAAACACUGAAUAUCCAAACGGAUACGUCUAUGUUUUCAACGUCAAACCUCUUGUAGAAGACAGUUAUUGUCCAGAAGAAAGUCCAGGAAGUGUAAUGACGAGAACUGUUUGCAGAAUACAGAAGUUCUUCAGCGAAGUUCCUGUCAGAGUAAAGAUAGAAGAAAAGAAAUACAACGAAAUCGCUGAAUACCACAGACACAUCACUGAAUACCAAGUGGAAUAUCCUCUCCAAGGAAUCGCAAGACGUGCAUUAGUCGUCAAACAGAGUGAAGUAAGAAAGAUGUCCCCAGUAGAAUGCGCUGUUUUCGACACUAAUGCUAAAUCUCUCGAACUUCUUCAGAAGGCAUCACAUUACUGGAGAUGUCUGACAUACAAUGUUAAGUUCGAUGAGACAGCUGUAAGUGCUUUCUCUAUGCUCAUCAAUGGUAUUGUAAAUGCGGCUGUUAAUGGUGGAACUAAGUUGUUCCAGGAACUUUUCUUGGAGGGAGAUUUGGCAAAUCUUCCGGAACAGAAGAAAUGGGCUCCCAAACUAAAAGAAGCAUUCGUGACUCAGCUGAAGGCAGUGAAUUUCGCAAUUUCUGUCCACGACUACGUUGUUUCUGAUGCUUAUUUACCUCUCCACAACCAGAUCAAGGAACAGUUCGUGGAGAUGCAGAAGUCAAUGUCUUCUCAGGUUGGAACUGUAGAUUUCUCAAUGACAGACACAAAUCUUGGAAAAAUACCUGAAGCACUUCCUCCAAAACAAAGAAAUAACUCGGCUUAA